AUGGAUCCAUCAAUAAAAAUGAGCGGUAAUGUCGCUAGAUCGUUAACGCACGGUAUCAAACGGACGACUCAAAUUCUUCGAACGAUAGAAACUUUGGCAACGGAGAUCGAAGAACAAGAUUUGUCGCGAUAUCGUCCUUAUUCCGACAUUCCUGGACCAAAGCCCAUUCCUCUUUUGGGCAACACGUGGCGAUUCAUACCGUUCAUAGGUGAUUUCCAGAUUCAGGCUGUGGAUCAAGUGUCGAAGAGACUAUACAAAGAGUACGGUGACAUCGUGAAAAUGGAAGGCUUGAUCGGCAGACCGGACAUGGUUUUCAUUUACGACGCGAACGAGAUCGAGCGUAUCUUCAGGCAAGAGGAUAGGAUGCCGUACAGGCCGUCGAUGCCUUCAUUGAAUUAUUAUAAACACGUGCUUCGAGAGGAGUUCUUUCGCGGAAACGCCGGUGUGAUCGCCGUACACGGCGAGGAUUGGUACAAUUUCCGUAGCAAGGUGCAGCAGGUGAUGUUGCAACCGCGAACAGCAAGAAUGUACAUUUCUGCUAUGGAGGAGGCGAGUUUGGCAUUCCUUCAAAGAAUAACGAAAAUACGAGACGAUAACGACGAGGUGCCCAGCGACUUCCUCAACGAGAUCCACAAAUGGUCCCUGGAGUCCAUCGCGCGCGUAGCGCUGGACGUUCGAUUGGGUUGUUUGGACGACGACGCGAACAUGGAAACUCAGAAGUUAAUAGACGCAGUCAGCACGUUCUUUGUGAACGUGGGAAUCUUAGAACUGAAGAUACCGUUCUGGAAACUGUUCAAUACGCCCACGUGGUUGCAGUACGUGAAAGCGCUGGACACUAUCGUGAGCACAACUUCGAAGUUUACUUCCGCUGCUCUGUCGAGGAUAAAGGAAGCAACCGACUCCGAUAAGGAGCCAUCCCUUCUCGAGAGAGUGUUAGCAUUGGAAAACGACACGAAGCUGGCCACUAUACUGUCUCUUGAUUUAUUUUUGGUUGGGAUUGAUACUACUUCAAAUGCUGUGGCAUCGGUGUUGUAUCAAUUAGCACUUCACCCGGACAAGCAAGACAUUGCUUUCAAGGAAGUAUGCGACGUGCUACCGAGCAAAGACAUUCAGCUCGAGGGGAACCACUUGGAUCGGUUCAAGUAUUUGAAAGCUUGCAUCAAGGAGACUUUGAGAAUGUAUCCAGUUGUUAUUGGCAAUGGCCGAUGUAUGACCAAAGACACAAUAAUCAGCGGAUAUCGAGUACCCAAAGGCGUUCAAGUGGUCUUUCAACAUUACGUGAUAAGCAAUCUUGACAAGUACUUUCCACGGAGCAAGGAAUUCCUUCCGGAGAGAUGGCUGGAAACUAACGGCGUGCGUCAUAAUUUUGCGUCACUUCCUUACGGCUACGGGAGAAGAAUGUGUCUCGGUAGACGUUUCGCCGACCUCGAGAUGCUGAUCGUCAUUAGCAAGAUUUUGCAACGCUAUAAGUUAGAAUAUCAUCACGAGAAACUGGAGUAUUAUAUAAAUCCUAUGUACACGCCUAAAGGACCCUUAAAGUUGAAAUUCGUCGAUAGAUAA